GCGGGCGGGCGGGCCGGCAGGGGAUGCCGCUCGGGGCGCCGCGAUCCUCGUGCCAGUGAGCGCCUCGCGCCGCCGCAGCCAUGACGGUGGAGUUCGAGGAGUGCAUCAAGGACUCGCCGCGCUUCAGGGCAACUAUCGACGAGGUGGAAACGGACGUGGUUGAGAUCGAGGCCAAACUGGACAAGCUGGUGAAGCUGUGCAGUGGCGUGAUCGAGGCUGGCAAGGCCUACGUCACCACCAACAGGCUCUUCGUGAGUGGCGUCCGCGACCUGUCCCAGCAGUGCCAGGGCGACACCGUCAUCUCGGAAUGUCUGCAGAGGUUCGGAGACAGCCUGCAGGAGAUGGUCACCUACCACAUGAUCUUGUUUGACCAGGCCCAGAGGUCUGUGCGACAACAGCUCCACAACUUCGUCAAAGAAGAUGUGCGGAAAUUUAAGGAGACUAAGAAGCAGUUCGACAGAGUUCGGGAGGACAUGGAGCUGUCCCUGGUGAGGAAUGCCCAGGCCCCAAGGCACCGGCCCCACGAGGUGGAGGAGGCCACGGGGGCCCUGAUCCUCGCCCGGAAGUGCUUCCGCCACCUGGCGCUGGACUACGUGCUCCAGAUCAACGUUCUCCAGGCCAAGAAGAAGUUUGAGAUUUUGGAUUCUAUGCUGUCCUUCAUGCAUGCCCAGUACAGCUUCUUCCAGCAGGGCUACAGCCUGCUGCACCAGCUGGAUCCCUACAUGAAGAAGCUGGCGGCUGAGCUGGACCAGCUGGUGAUCGACUCGGCAGUGGAAAAGCGGGAGAUGGAGCGCAAGCACGCCGCCAUCCAGCAGCGGGACUUCUCCUACGAUGAGCCCAAGGUGGAGUUUGACGUGGACGCUCCCAGUGGUGUGGUGAUGGAGGGCUACCUCUUCAAGAGGGCCAGCAACGCCUUCAAGACGUGGAACCGGCGCUGGUUCUCCAUCCAGAACAGCCAGCUGGUCUACCAGAAGAAGCUCAAGGACGUGCUGACCGUGGUGGUGGACGACCUCCGGCUCUGCUCUGUGAAGCCCUGUGAGGACAUUGAGCGGAGGUUCUGCUUUGAGGUCGUGUCGCCCACCAAGAGCUGCAUGCUGCAGGCCGACUCGGAGAAGCUACGGCAGGCGUGGGUUCAGGCUGUGCAAGCCAGCAUCGCAUCCGCCUACCGGGAGAGCCCUGACAGCUGCUACAGCGAGAGGCUGGACCGCACGGCGUCCCCGUCCACAAGCAGCAUCGACUCUGCCACGGACUCUCGGGAACGCAGCGUCAAGGGCGAGAGUGUUUUGCAGCGCAUGCAGCACGUGGCUGGGAACAGCCAGUGCGGCGACUGUGGGCAGCCGGACCCGCGCUGGGCCAGCAUCAACCUGGGCGUGCUGCUCUGCAUCGAGUGCUCGGGCAUCCACAGGAGCCUGGGCGUCCACUGUUCCAAGGUGCGGUCCCUGACCCUGGACUCGUGGGAGCCGGAGCUGCUGAAGCUGAUGUGUGAGCUGGGAAACAGCACCAUGAACCGGAUCUACGAGGCCCAGUGCGAGGGGCCGGGCAGCAGGAAGCCCACGGCCAGCAGCCCCAGGCAGGACAAGGAGGCUUGGAUCAAGGACAAAUACGUGGAAAAGAAGUUCGUGCGGAGGCCGCCCUCGGCACCGGCCCGGGAGGCCCCACGGCGCUGGCGAGCGCAGAAGUGCCAGCGCCACCACAGCUCCCCCCGUGCCCACACCACCCGCCGCGGCAAAAUCCGGAUGGAGCCCGUCCCGCCCUCUGUGGCUGCUCUGUGCUCAGGCUCCACAGAGCCCAGGUUCCGCAGGGACUCCCUCUUCUGCCCGGAUGAGCUGGACUCCCUCUUCUCCUACUUUGACGCAGGGGCUGCUGCAGCCGGUCCACGCAGUCUGAGCAGCGACAGCGGCUUAGGGGGCAGCUCCGACGGCAGCUCGGAUGUCCUGGCCUUCGGCGUGGGCUCCGUGGUGGACCGCGUCACUGAGGAGGAGGGUGCCGAGUCGGAGGAGUCCAGCGGCGAGGCGGAUGGAGAGGCGGAGGCCUGGGGCCUGGCGGACGUGCGCGAGCUGCACCCUGGGCUACUGGCGCACCGCGCGGCGCGCACUCGAGACCUCCCCGCACUGGCCGCGGCUCUGGCGCAAGGGGCCGAGGUCAACUGGGCCGACGCGGAGGACGAGGGCAAGACGCCGCUGGUGCAGGCUGUGCUGGGGGGUUCCUUGAUCAUCUGUGAAUUCCUCCUGCAAAACGGAGCGGACGUGAACCAAAGAGACAGCCAGGGCCGGGCACCCCUGCACCAUGCCACGCUCCUGGGCCGCACCGGCCAGGUCUGCCUGUUCUUGAAGCGGGGGGCAGACCAGCACGCCUUGGACCACACGCAGCAGGACCCACUGAGCAUCGCGGUGCAGGAGGCGAAUGCAGACAUCGUCACGCUUCUCCGUCUGGCGCGCAUGGCCGAGGAGAUGCGUGAGGCCGAGGCGCCCCCCGGCCAGCCGGGCCCCCUGUCUGGCAGCAGCCCCACCGAGCUCCAGUACCGCAGGUGCAUCCAGGAGUUCAUCAGCCUCCACCUGGAUGAGAGCUAGGGCGGCCGGGCCUUGGCGGGACCCCCACCGGCCCAUUUCCCGAGAGCCCCGGAGCUCCUGGAGCCCUGCUGCCUGCUCCGCCCCCCUCGGAGCUGCCCUGACCCCCACGGCCCGGAGCAGGACCCCAGCACUGAGUCUUCUGAAGCUCCAUGUUUCCCCCGGGAGGUGCUGCAUCACCCCACCCAGGGACCCUGUGUCUUCGGGUGACCCCUCCCUAGGGGGCCUGGAUUGCUCGUGUCACAAACCACUCUCAAGGCCCCACGUCCCCUCGUGCCCCUCUCUGCUCCCCCAGGCCCGUGUCACCUCAUGACCCUCUAUCCCUGGGGCCCAUGCCGCUUGGUGCCCCACUCUGCCCUCAGGGCCUGUGUCACCUUGUGCCCCCACUUUACUGCCCAAGAACACUGACCUGAUAGUAGGGGCCCUCCCACACCCCCGGAACCCCUCCACUAGGCCCUGGGGCUGGUGGCUGGCCACCAGCACGUGGCGAGGGCAGAAGGGGCCACCCAUCCAGGGAAUCAACCCGCGUACCUCACUUAGUGACCCCAGCAUCCAGGCUGGGCUUCUUGGGUGCUUGGGGGGCUCUGGCCUGGGGCCUCAGCCCUGGCUGGGUGCGGAUGUCCCGAGGCCGUGUGGCUGGCCAUGCAGGCCCUCGUGCCCCGCAGCCCCACCCAUCCCCCCCCCAGCCUUUUCCCACAGCGGGUGGCAGGGGUGUGGCUCUUCCCACCUCUGCAUCCGAUGUCCUUUGUCACGGACUGAGGGGUUUUCUACAAUGACCUCGUUCUCACUUUGUCUUGCGUCUUUUCUCUGGACUCAAGGACCACUUUGACCCCCAGCUCUGCCUGCUGCUAGGGGAGGCGCCUGCAGCUCAGCCCUGCCCCCUCACCAGCCUUUCCCCCACCACCGCCGGCUCGGCCCAUGGGGCCUCGGCUCACUCCCCAGGGCCCUCUGAUGCCUUCUGCAUUCCCCUUCCCAAGCCCUGGGGCACUGGCUGGGCCUCUCCCCAGCUCGGCCCUCGGCCAGGCCAAGGCCAGUCGGUUGCUCACUAUGCAGACUGCCCAGGGAGGCCCCAUGGGCAGCAAGGUGGGUGCGGACUGGGCCCCCAGCUCCCUCGCCUGCUGGCUGUGACCCCUAGAGAGCAGAAUUAACGCCUUCCUCUCUCCCUGCUUGAGCUCUGCCCCCACCUCCCGCCCCACUGCCUGCAUCAGGGCCUUUGCUGCGGCCUCGGCUGGCGGGACCCGCCUCCGUUCCAGAUCACGAUUAAUAAACCGGCCGCUUGCACCUGCC